ACGCGCAGGAACUAGACUAUAAUUAACGGUGGUUAGUUUUAGAUUAUUGCUCACAUGAUGGACAUCGAAAAGUCAAACAUUGAUAGUCGUAUCCUGGAGGCGCAGAUUAUGGAGAAGCUAUUGCAAAAACGAUACGAGCAUGCCAAGAGACAACCGAAAGACUAUUCACAUCUCUUCAGACCCAAAACGCGUUGGGAAAUGGUCCGUCUAACGCUCCACAUGGUAGGCAUCCAGUUCACGUACGCCGUGGAAACUGCGUUCGUAUCACCGAUCCUGCUUGGAAUCGGCCUAACGCACACCUACAUGACCAUGAUUUGGGCUAUUUCACCGACGCUCGGUGCGGUCUUGGCCCCACUUAUUGCGUCCAUCAGUGAUCAGAUUCGGUUGGAUUGGGGUCGACGUCGACCUGUACUUCUGGCACUUGGUGUCGGACUCAUAAUCGGCUUGCUCAUCUUACCAAAUGGAAGAACCGUAGGGUUACUGCUAGCGGACGACGAUGUUCCCGUUUCCCAGAUGACUGGGUUUCGAUGGGGUGUUCUGAUUACUGUACUGGGACUUAUUAUGAUGGAUUUCAACGUUGAAACGAGCAAUGGGGUUUCUCGAACGUAUUUCAUGGAUAUGUGUAUCAAAGAGGAUCGACCAAAAGUGAUCACUACAGCGGUUAUGAUUGGAGGAAUCGGUGGGUUCGCCGGGUACAUGCUGGGAUCAAUCGAUUGGGCCCAAACGGAUCUGGGCAAUUUGUUGGGAUCUAACGAAGUCACCAUGUUCGCCGCCGUUGUGAUUGUCGUUCUCAUUGGUCUCACAACAACCCUAACUAGUUACCACGAGGUUCCGCUGGCACUGAUGGAACAGGAUGAACUAUUACGACCUAUUACGAGAGCGGUUUUUGAGGAGGAGAAAAAACGCGAACUGUCCCUCCUGUCCGCAAGCAGCGUGAUACCAAUCGGGUCGGAGAAAUUGGAAGUCGGUGGCAAUUCCAUCGAUGAAGAUACAGAAAAAUCUCUAAGUUUCAGUUUGUUUCUAAAAAAUCUCAUCAGAAUGCCCAAGGCACUUCGGAUAUUGUACUUCACACAAUUCCUGUCUCAUCUGGGCUAUUUGAGUUAUUGUUUGUACUUUACGGAUUUUGUUGGGCGAGAGAUCUUCAACGGCGAUGCCAUUGCACCAGAAGGAUCACAGGAAUACGAGCUUUAUAAUCAAGGCGUGCGCUUUGGUAGUUUAGGAUUGGGUGUAUUUAUACUGAGUAGUUCACUUUAUUCUGUAAUAAUCGAGAGGCUAAUUGGAUUGUUUAGAGCACGGAAACUUUACAUCGUGGGUUUAAUGCUUAAUAGCUUGGGAAUGAUUGCGACAGGCCUUGUUCACCAAAAAUUUGCGGUGUUCAUUUGCUGCAUCACAAUGGGUAUCAAGUAUGCGACUAUUUUCUCCAUACCGUUUCUGUUAAUCUCCCAGUAUCAUACGAAGAACUCGUUUGAGAUCGUUAACGGGACAUAUGUUCGAAACACACAAAACCGCGGAUUCGGAGCCGACGUUUCAACGCUCAGCAGUAUGCUAUUUUUGGCACAGGUUGUAAUAUCACUAACUAUAGGGAGUGUGAUAGAUGCUUUUGGAACCACAACCAUCGUGAUGUACUCCGCCAGCUUAUUUUCCGGUUUGGCAGCCAUAUCGGCCACCCAAAUAGCGUUCAUGGAUCUCUGA